GAGGAAGGCCAGCCGUGGAAUCUUCGCCCGGGCGGAACCAGUCGAUACCAGCGAUGAGAAACACAGCCCCGUUCAAGAGUCGGAGAGAAACUGAAGACCAAUUGAGUCAUCCAGUCCUGUGGAUUGAACAACUACUGAAUUCUUGGAUUUUCCGUUCAUAGCCCCCCAUUAUUGAACUAUCAGGACCACAGCCUGUGCUGACCAUGUCAGAGGACACUAAGAGUCCCGCAAAGCCUUUGGUAGGGCCUAGCACCCUCUGGAAGGACCUCAGGGUACUCCUGCCUGACACAGAGGAGGAGCUGAAGCUGGAGCUCAGCGAGAAGGUAGACAGGAGCCUGACCAUGCUGCUACAGCAAGCUGUAGGGUUGUUCUAUGGAGGACAUUGGCAGGAGUGCCUGCAGGCCAGCGAGGCCAUCCUGGACUACUCCUGGGAGAAGCUCAACACUGGGCCCUGGCAAGAUGUGGACAAGGAAUGGCGCCGGGUAUACUCCUUCGGCUGCCUCCUGAAGGCCCUGUGCCUGUGCCGGGCUCCACGGAAGGCCACUGCAGUGGCUGAAGCAUUGCGGGUGUGUGACAUGGGCCUGUUGAUGGGGGCAGCCAUCCUUGGAGACAUCCUUCUCAAAGUUGUCACAGUCCUCCAGACACACCUGCUCCCAAGAAAGCAGCCUGCCUGUGGCCCCCACCAGGAUGAGCCUGUUACUAAGAAGACGAGGUGUGAUGCCAACUCAGCUCCCGAUGUGGUGUUAGAGCGGGCAGUGCCCAGGCUUCGCUGCCCAACCCUGCAGUACUUCAGGAAGCACUUUCUAGUCCCUGGGAGGCCUGUGAUCUUGGAAGGUGUGGCUGACCACUGGCCGUGCAUGAAGAAGUGGAGUCUGCAGUACAUCCAGGAGGUUGCUGGCUGCCGCACUGUCCCUGUGGAAGUGGGUUCAAGGUACACAGAUGAAGACUGGUCCCAGACCCUCAUGACUGUCAACGAGUUCAUCCACAAAUACAUCCUGAGUGAGGCAAAGGAUGUUGGGUACCUUGCUCAGCACCAGCUAUUCGACCAGAUCCCAGAGUUGAAACAGGACAUCAGCAUCCCCGAUUACUGUUGCCUGGGCAACGGGGAAGAGGAAGAGAUCACUAUCAAUGCCUGGUUUGGUCCCAAAGGAACCAUCUCCCCACUGCAUCAUGACCCCCAGCAGAACUUCCUGGUCCAGGUCUUAGGAAGGAAGUACAUCCGGCUGUAUUCCCCACAGGAGUCUGAGGCAGUGUACCCUCAUGAGACACAUCUUCUUCAUAACACCAGCCAGGUUGAUGUGGAGAACCCCAACCUAGACAAGUUCCCCAAGUUUUCUGAGGCCCCAUUCCUGUCCUGUAUCCUGUCCCCAGGAGAGACCCUCUUUAUACCUGCUAAGUAUUGGCAUUAUGUGCGUUCCCUGGACCUGAGUUUCUCAGUCAGCUUCUGGUGGUCGUAGCCAGGGCCAGAGUGCAAAGGACCCACUGGGCAGAUACCUCACCAAAGGAAGUGAGCCAGGUGGGAAGCCCUGGGUGGGCUAGAGUCCACGAGUCCCGUUCUCCCAGAUACUCUCUGUAGGACACGUUGUGUGCAGAGCUGUGCGUACCCAGGUUAUGGAUCCCGAUUAUGGAUGCUCCUUUUCUUUGUAACAUACAUUUUUUUCAAUUAAAUAAAAAUAUUUUCUA